AUGACGUCGGUAAAGUUAACCGUAGCGGAAGUCAGCGAGUCCAUGCAGCGCUUUGGACUGGUCGAUUAUGUGGUGUUUGUGGCUAGCUUGCUGAUAUGCGUUGUGAUUGGGGUAUAUUUCGGAUGGAAGGAUUGGAGGGUACAGCAGCAACGAAAACAUAAUGUACGCCGCGGCUCGGAAGCACUGAAUUAUCUUGUCGGAGGCCGAAAGAUGAAAAUUUUUCCCGUGGCGAUGUCUCUGAUCGCUAGUUUUAUAUCGGGGAUCGCGGUGAUGGGCUCAUCCACGGAGACGUACCUGCAUGGAACACAGUUUUGUUAUAUCUUCACCGGGAUCUUGUUGAUGGCCGUUAGCAUGAAUUAUAUUUUUCUGCCAGUUUACCAGGGAUUGGAUAUCACUUCCGCAUACGCGUAUCUUCAAAUGCGCUUUGAUCGACGAAUAAGGUUGCUUGGAUCGGGAUUGUUUGUUUUAGCUACGCUUCUACAUCUACCAAUAGUUAUCUACGUACCAGCUUUGGCGUUCAACCAAGUGUCGGGUAUUAAUGUACACGUCGUAUCAACGAGCGUAUGCUUGGUUUGCAUAUUUUACACGCUAGUGGGUGGCAUAAAAGCGGUAGUGUGGACGGAUGUCAUUCAAAUGUUCAUCAUGAUUGGGGCAUUGAUCUUGAUCGUCAUCAAGGGGACUGCAGACAUCGGUGGACUGUCGGUGCUGAUCGAGAGGAACAUGGCGAGUGGAAGAAUAGAACCUCCGAAUUUCAGUUUCGAUCCCACCGAAAGGCACACCAUCUGGGCAAUCUUUAUCGGAGGUGGCAGUUUUUGGAUGGGCAAAAAUGCCAUCCAUCAGAUGAUGAUCCAACGCUAUCUGGCGCUGCCCUCUUUCCGGGACGCACAGAAGGCUCUGGUUUGUUUCACCGUUGGAAUCAUUCUUCUGUUAAUGACGUGCUUCUACAACGGUCUACUUAUUUACGCUACCUUCCACGACUGUGAUCCUUUAACGACGGGUUUGGCCAAGGCAAAAGAUCAACUGCUGCCCGUGCUGCUGAUGAAGGUACUCGCGGACAUUCCCGGGCUAGCGGGUUUAUUUAUCUCCGGCAUAUUUAGUGCGUCCCUUAGCUCGCUAUCCACAGGCCUGAAUUCGCUUUCGGCGAUCGUGUUGGAGGACUUUGUGAAACCCUUCACCCGUCGGCCGCUCAGUGAAAGAGCAACGCGUUACAUCAUGCGUAGCACCGUGUUUGUCUUUGGUAUUGUUGCCGUCGUUCUAGUGCUGGUGGUGGAACAGCUGGGAACGGUGUUACAACUCGCGAUGAGUUUGGUGCCGAUCUCGCUGGGACCCUUAUUGGGGUUAUUCUUGAUGGGGAUGCUCUUACCGUGGGUUGAUGCCAGUAGUGCCUUCGGCGGAGCCAUCAGUGGACUGAUGACAAUGUCGUACAUCGUGAUCCGGGCUCAAAUUGCGGUGGCUGCGAAGGAAAUGCCCAUCCUUGGAAAACCUGUCUCGGUUGAGGGCUGUGAUUAUACAUUUGAUCUUCCGGUAGGGUUUAACACAACGUCAAUACCACCACUAGGUUCCUCAGAGAAAUCGUUGCAUCAUGUGUCCUAUCUGUACUACACGUUCAUCGGUGCCGUUACCACCGUUGUCGUCGGUUCACUAACUGCUGCCAUAUUUCGACGCCAGCAGCCAGACAAAUUGGAUCCCUUGCUUCUGGCUCCUUUUGUUAGAAAGUUGUAUCAUUCGGAAAGAAUUCCGUCAUCCGGUGGUAUGGUACACAAUUUUAAUAAAGAAGAUACACAAUUGUAA